UGGGGUGGCGGCAGGGUGUGGGGCGGCGAUUGAUGGGGCGGCCCAGCUCGGGCGCCCCAGCCCCUGCGCCUGCCCGCAGUCCCUGCUCUGACUUCGGGGCUGCUCAAAGCUGCGCCUUCGCUCGGCGGUGGGAGGAGGAGCGGGGCGGAGGGAGGAAGCCCAAGGCACUGGGCCGGGGGGAGGGGAGUGUCUUCGGGCCCGAGAGGGGUCUUUCUGGAGUCCGAAGUGUGGCGUUGGGGCUGCAGCCCUUGAAUGACAAGCUCAGUUUCUGGCCCCCGAGUGGGCUUCAGAGCCGGGUCCUCUCGGUGUUCUAUGGAUUAACUCUUCAUUGAUUAUAUACAACAGCAAUAUAGUUAUGGCGACUUUCCAGACUUUCAGAAACAGUCACGUGAAGACUAGAGCAUCUGUCAGAAAAAGCUUCAGUGAAGACGUGUUCGAGUCUGUAAAGUCUUUAUUACAGAGUGAGAAGGAACUAUGCAGUAUAUCAGCAGAGGACUGCUUAAAGCAGGAUGAACAUGCCAAUUUGACUGAGGUCACAUUUCUAGGUUUUAAUGAAGAAACAGAUGCUGCUCGUAUACAGGAUUUAGCUGCAAUUUCUUUGGAACUUCCAGAUCUUCUGAAUUCACUGCACUUCUGUAGUCUAAAUGAAAAUGAAAUUAUUUGUAUGAAGGAUAUAAAUAAAUCAACAGAUAUAAACAAUGGUCCUCUAAAUCAGAGUCAUCAUUCUGGAAUGCUUUGUGUCAUGAGAGUGUCACCUACAUUACCAAGACUCAGAAUUGAUUUUAUCUUUAGUCUCCUAAGUAAAUAUGCUACUGGUAUAAGAUACACCCUGGACACGUGCUUGCAUCAGAAGCAUCAACUUGAGACCACUAAUGAAGAUGAUGACGAUACUAACCAGUCCGUGUCUUCCAUAGAGGAUGACUUUGUCACUGCUUUUGAGCACUUAGACGAAGAAGAGACUUCAAAGCCAUAUAAUGAUGGAAUAAACAUUACUGCGCUAAGGAGCCAGUGUGAUGCAGCGUCCCAGACUAUUUCUGGUCACCAUUUAGAAACCCAUGAUUUAAGGAUUCUGGUUAGCUCUGCUCCACAGAAGUCAUUGGCUAAACCUUCAACUUCCUUUAUAAAUAUUCUGGGACAUAAAGACCUACCUUCUGUGAAAACUUCAGUUACAACAUCAAUUUCUGAGCCUUGGAUCCAAAGGAGUUUCUAUAGGUCAUCUAAUGCUGCAGACAAAGGUAGUGAUACACAGAAAACGUUUUUGUCUUCUUCUCCUGCCUACUCGUCUGAAUCAGAAUGCUCAAGUCCAAGUCCUGUUAUUUUCUUGGAUGAAGAGGGAUAUCAAAAAAGUUUAAAAGCCAAACUUGAGUUACCUAAAAUUCCUAUGAUGAAAGAUGAUAUAGAGGAUUCAGACUCAGAAGUAAGUGAAUUUUUUGAUAGUUUUGAUCAGUUUGAUGAACUAGAACAAAUUUCAGAGACUUCUUGUCCAUUUCUGAAAGAUCCUGUCAUAGGGAAGCCAUCGCAAAAGAAAGGGCACAAACAUGAGAAAUCUUGUUCUGUAACCACUACUAUGAAUCCUCAAAAAUUCAAGUUUGAUCGUCCGGCUCUCCCAGCUAAUGUUAGGAAGCCGACUCCUCGUAAACCAGAAUCCCCUUACAGUAACCUGUGCGAUGCUCCAGAUUCUCCUCGCCCAGUGAAGGCAUCGGGGGAAGAAAGUGGCUUGUUUAGCCCUAUUCGAUCCUCUGCUUUUAGUCCUCUUGGAGGCUGUACUCCUGCUGAAUGUUUUUGCCAAACAGAUAUUGGUGGAGAGAGGAUUCAUGAAAAUCAUGGUUCUGUUUAUUACACCUUUGAAGAUUAUGCAGAUAGCAUUUCAUGUGAAGUACUGGGCUCGGUUCUUCAUACCCGACAUACUAAUGCAACAUCAAACAGUAAUAGUAUUAAAAAGGGAGAACAUAAAACUGUGGCUCUUAAGCAUGGAAGCCUUGAUCAAAAAAGUAAAUCUAAAAAUAAAUCGUUAAUGAUUAAAAAUAGCAUUCAGAAGUUUGCAGCAGAUCUUGUGGAAAAAAGUUUUGUCAGCGCAUUUAAAGACUUACAGAAAGGAGUCUCUUCAUGUACCAAUGCAUUGUGCCACUUAGCCGUCAAAUUAACAUCAUCCGUUUUUCAGAUGGCAUUCAAUGAACUGAGAAGGCAGCGUGCAUUUUCACUGAAAGAACAUGCCAUUAGUGGUCUGGCUAAUUUUUUGGUGAGUGAAGCUUUAUCAAAUGCUUUAAGAGAUUUACAGUAUGUAAAGAAGCAGAUAUUUACAAACACCGUCACUAGGUUUGCUGCAGAUCUUGCUGAAGAGCUUGUUUUUGAGGGCAUCAUGGAAGUAUGCCAGUUUUCAUGUCCUCCAACACCUGCAUCUCCACAGUGUUGGUCAUUUGACUAUGAAGACAAAGUAGUGAAGUCAUAUGCAAAAGAUUUGUCUGAAUCUGUACUACAGGAAGCCUUCAUUGAGCUGUCACAAGUUGAUGUCACCUUCACAGCAAAGGCAGCAGUUAGUGUUUCCACAGAUAACGUAAAGAGUGUGAGUGCAGAAAAUAUAGUGCCAUCAACACAGACCUCCACAUUUUCCCCUCCUUGUAACAAUCAAACAGUUAUGAUGACAAAACCAAUGCAGGAAUAUAAAAAGGAGUACACUGUACAGCAGGCCUUGUUUUGUACUUCUGGAAUUAUUACUUCUAUACCAGUGCCCUUGGCAGGAAGUGCCCUUCUCCCAUAUCAUAUUUCAUCUAAUAUCUAUCAGGCAAAGUCUCAUCUGUCGUCUGAUAAUAGUAAUUCAGAUAGUGAUUCUACCCAAGAACGUGUUACCACAAAAAACAAAGAAGAGGAAGUUGCUUGUCUCAGAAAUAUUUGUUUACCUUCAGAACACAAUCCCAAUAACCAGAAUGACUUUAAACCAACUAAUAAUGAUAUUGAAGUGCAAAGCUCUUCAAAAUUAACAAGUGAUCCUGUGAUGAUUAAUAAUUUUUCUGCAGCAGUGGUGCAUAUGAUAGUAAAUGAAACUUUAGAGUCAAUGACGUCAUUCAAAGUUACAAAAACAGGUGAACACACAGAUUAUUUAACUAAAGCAGUAAAAGGAAACACCCCUCCUUUUCCCUGUGAUCAAGCAACACAGCAACAGAGUGAAGCUAGCAAUAAGGACAUGUUUGCUGAUCGAUUAUCUAAAUCUAUUAUUAAACAGUCCGUAGAUAAAAGCAAAUCUGUGAUCCCAAAUGUAGAUAAAAAUGUGGUACACAAGGAAGGCUUACCUGUUCCUGGAGAAGAGUCACAGUUGACCCUGGAAAAGUUCCCCAGAUGUCUUGAUGCUCAGGAUCACUUAACUCAUGGUUCUCUUUCAGUUGGAAAGGAUUAUGUUGCAGAAUGUAGAGGUUCUACAGCUCAUGGAUUUUCUUUAGAGACACUACCACCUUGUCCAACUAUGGCAGGUCAGAAACCAGAUUUGAAGGAAGCUGCUAAGGAUAGAUCAGUGAAAAAGCAUAAUUUGAAUAAUACAGCACUUGAGCCCUUGUCUUUUGGGCAAGAAAACCCUUUUUCCCAUUCACAUACUUUCUCAUCCACAGCGCUUACGUGUGUAGAUGGUUUUCACGUGGAAGAUAAACAGAAAAUCCGAGAUGGAAAUGUAAUACCUGAUACUCCUCCAUCAACUCCUCUAGUACCAUCCCAGGCUGGUUCCAAUUGGGAUAUCAAGAAGUUAACCAAAAAGCUCAAGGGGGAAUUAGCAAAGGAAUUUGCACCUGCUACACCACCUUCUACACCUCACAACUCAUCCAUUGGUAGUUUGUCUGAAAAUGAACAAAAUACUAUAGAAAAAGAAGAGUUCAUGUUGAAACUCAUGCGAUCUCUUUCAGAAGAAGUUGAAAGUAGUGAAGGUGAAGAGCAUCCAGAAGUGGAUGUGAAGCCAGAGCGCUCAGGGAAGAAAGUUCAGUUCGCAGAAGCAUUAGCUACACACAUCAUUUCUCUUGCAACUGAAAUGGCAGCCUCCCAUUUAGAUAAUAAAAUAAUUCAAGAACCCAAGAUUAAAAGCCCUUGCUUAAGUGUGCAAAGCCAAAGAGGUGUAUCACCUACUUUUUUCAAUUGCUCAGAUGAAAAUUUACAAACAUUAUGUAAUUUUGCAGGUGAUGUGGCAGCAGAAGUCAUGACAGAAGCUGAGAAGAUAGCAAAAGUUAGAAGUUGUACGUUUUUCAGGCAAAAGAAGAACAGUUAUCUUGAUGGUGACCGAGAUUAUAGAUCAGAAGAGAAGUUGGAUACAGAGGCUGUAGCACACCCAAGAGAAGUAGAACCGUUUAUUCUUUCAUUACCACCAAGUUCUUGUAUGUCGGGUCUGACAUAUAAGUAUCCCAGCUGUGAAAGUGUGACAGAUGAAUAUGCGGGUCACGUCAUCCAAAUACUAAAGCAGGAAGGUGGUAGUAGUGAGUUAAUAAUGGAUCAGUAUGCCAAUAGACUUGCUUAUCGAUCUGUUAAAUCAGGAUUACAAGAAGCAGCUAAGACAGCCGGAAUGAAGUGCAACUCAAAAACGUUUCCCGUGCAAAGCUCACAGGUGAAAACCAACAGUGAACUGUUAAUGUUCUUGAAUAAAGAACACCGCCAAGAAGAUAAAAAAAGACCAAGUAAAAGAAGUGGAGGUUACUUUUGUAAAAAUCAAACUUGUGAAUGGACACGAGAUACAUAUAGAAAUGAGUGCUCUGAACUGUAUAGUUUUUCAGCCUCUCUUGCUCACAGCAUAACAAGAGAUGUUAAAAAAGAGCUGACAGCAUCUACAGUUGGCUUGCCAAAAUCCUUAACAGAUUCUUGCCUUUAUGAAAAAUCUGAAUGUGAUGAAGAUACCGAGUCUUACAUUGAGCCAGAAUUUCCUAAGUCUCUUCUGCCUUCCUUGCAAAAUCACAGAUUUUACCACAGUACAGGCAGCGUAAAUGGGUAUGGUUACGGAGAGAAUGUUGUUCAAGCUAUAGAACAGUAUGCUAAAAAAGUAGUGGAUGACACUUUAGAGCUAAGUUUAGGAUCCGCAGUUUUCUGUAUGUCUGAGACCACAAAAGCAGCAGAUAGGAUCACAUAUGCAGAAAAGUUGUCACCUCUUAUAAAUCAAACUUGCAGAUAUUGUGACCGUAAUGAACUCCACAACUGCACUGGAAAUGCGUCUGAACACUUUCUCAGACAGGAUUCACACGCUAGUAGUAAGCCAGUUUCUAAUUCAAAAUUGAGUAACAUCUAUCAGAAAUCUAGAAUUUUUCAUCUUGAUGUCCCUCAAAUUCAUGUUGAUCUUGAUAAGAAGACAGUGCUUGCUGAGAAGAUAGUUACUGAAGCUAUUAAAAAAGCAGAGAGAGAGCUGAGCAAUGCCAGUUUGGCAGCUGAUAGCGGAAUUGGACAAGAUGGCAUUAGCUUUGCUGAAAGCCUUACCACAGAAAUAAUGACCUCAGUCACGACCAAUGUUGGACCUGUUGUUAGCAGUCCAAAAGAAAUAGAAGACUUGCAGUCAACUGAGUCUUUUGGUAGCCAGCAGAUGAAUCUCAGUAUUGGUGAUGACAGCACUGGUAGCUGGUCCAGUUUGAGCUCUGAAGAUGAGCACCAGGAGGAAAGCAGCAGUUUUCAGCACCUAAGUGAAAGUAAUGGUAACAGCAGUAGCUGGAGCAGUCUUGGUUUAGAAGGAGAUUUGUUUGAGGACAAUUUAUCCUUUCCAACAUCAGACAGUGAUGGACCAGAUGAUAAAGAUGAAGAGCAUGAGGAUGAUGUAGAAGGUUUGGAGCAAGAUGGAAAGACUCUGCUAAUUACAAAUAUUGACAUGGAGCCAUGCACAGUAGACCCCCAACUAAGGAUUAUUCUUCAGUGGCUCGUUGCCUCUGAGGCUGAAGUUGCAGAACUUUAUUUUCAUGACUCUGCAAAGAAGGAGUUUAUACGACUUUCAAAACGGUUACAAGAAAAAGGAUGGAAGGUGGGCGACCUCCUGCAGGCUGUGCUUAAAUACUACGAGGAGAUGGAAAAGGCUUCCCCUGAGGAGAGAUGCAAGUCACUGUUUGAUUGGCUCCUGGAAAAUGCAUAGAACAAACUCCAAACCAGUAUAUUUUAUUAUUUGUUUUGGGAGAGGAAGAAACAGAUAAAGAUGCAUAGGGUAAAAUUUGAAUAGUGAAUAUUUACAUUUUAAGUGAAUUGGGAGGAAAGUAAAUAUAGCUUUUUAAGCGCAUGGUGUCAUCACAUGGUGUAUAUAGUUCAUACUUUUGUAAUCUGUGUCAAAUAUUAUCUUCAUUUAUUCUUCUGUACACGUGUGAGUGUGUUAAGACCCUAAGAACAUGUAUUUGAAGGAAGGUCUAACCAUAAGGUUUUCAGGGACAUUGACUGACGACGUUGUUUUUGCAUCCAAAUUGUGCUGCUAGAAACUGCACUGAGAUGGCUGAGGAUAGGUUCCAGGGAUGAAGAGUUGUAAUUUUGUCCUUUGCAAACAACUAGUAUCCUAUUAGUAACUAAUCUGACAUCAAAAAAUAGUAUUGAGGCUAAUUUUUUUUUUCUGAUAGAAUUUUUUGUCCUCUUUCUUAAAGUCAAUUUUAUUUGCAUAGCUCAGCUGUUGGUAGCUUUUUGAAUCCCCUCAAGCUAUUUAAUUUCUUAGAAACAUUAGUAUUUUAGGUUUCUGUAAAUACCAAAAUGAUAGUUUCCUCAGCCUUUCAUCAAAUGACAUUAUUUGCUAAUGUUGCCAAUCGUUCUGGCAUGAAAGUGAAUGUAUGUGUGUGCAUGCACGCAUGCGUGCAUGUGUGUGUAUGUAAAGGAGAACUUUAACCUUGCUAGUGGUUUGUGCCCUCUUUUAUUUUACUGUUUUCUUGGUUAGAAACCCACUGUUAACAUUAAAAAGGUGCUUUAAAAUAAAAUGUCUAUAA